AUGGAGGCUGAGCUGGUCUCCCAAUCCGCUGGGCCGUCGGCGCGGGUGCUUCCUGGGAGCAGCAGCCCCUCUCCGUCGCCCUCCUCUCCAGCCUCUUCCCGCGGAACGAAACGCGGCGCCAGGACACUUUCCCUCGCGUGGAAAACUGUGGAGAAAUCCGCUAGGCGCCACAGGGAGGAAGAGGCGGAGGACGGCGGCCGGAGCGAUGACGCCUCAGACAGCGCUGAGGUUCCCAGUCGAGAACUUCCGGAGCAUCCUGAGGAGCUCGACAAAGUGUCUCCAAACGACGUGGACACGCCGUCCACUCCCGCAACGCGGGGCUCAAAGACGAGCUCCCCGUCCGCGAACGGCGUCGCCGCAAUGACAGCCGCUUCUCCUGCAGAGCCGCUUGAAGGCUGUCCGGGCGUUUCUUUAGACGAGUCCUUCGACUCAAAGGCGACCGAAAAGGAUCUCGCAACUGUCGAUGCUGUCAAACUCUCCAACCGGCGGCAGUCGGACGCCUCCGGGACAUUUCCGCGAAACGGCGCCAAGUGUCCAGACACCGCCCACGGCCCGCGAGCUGCGUCGCGGGCGGCUGCGGUGCUGUCUCGCUCUAAAAGGUCCUUGUCUCCAAAUCCGGCUGCGUCGGACGCGAGCAACGGCGGAGAAGAGGAAAGACGCGCAGUGAAGCCGCGACUCUCAGGGCCGGCACCGGCGUCUCCUGGGGCGUGCGACGACUGUGGGCAGAGCCGAGAGCGAGAGGGCAGCGGACCGUCCUCUCCCUUUGAAAACAAAGACUGUGGAGGAACGUCUGGUCCUGGACUCAGCCACGUUCUUCACAGCCACCUGGCGCCGGCUCCCGGCGGCGGUCUUCGAGUCAGGGACUUUGUCGACAGCCGGUGGAUGACGAAACUCUGCGAAGAGUCGCUCAAAUUCCACCUGCUCUGCGGGCGCUACCGGCUGCUCGUCCGCCACGUCAUCGAGAAGUUCCGGGUGUACGUACAGAAGAAGGCAGAGGAAAGCAGCUGCGGGAGAACGACCAAGGGCGAGAACGAAACUCUCAGAGAGGGACCAGAAAGGCAGAGUUCGCAGACCGAGACCCACCGGCGAGAACACAGGGAAGAUGGAGCAGCCGCCCUGGGCGAGAAGAAAGAAGGCGGCAGUCACGGCCUCGCGUCUGAGGCUGCGCAGCCGAACUCACGCGCCACCGCCAGCUUCGUGAAGAACGAGAAAGAGAGCGGUUUACGGCCGUUAAAGCAAGAACCGGGGCCGUCCGCGUCGGACGAGAAGCCGACAGGCGUGGAGAGAGCUGAGAGUGACCCUGCUGGAGACACAGAUUCGUCUUCCUCCCGGAGGUCGAUGCCCUCAGACGAUGCCCUUCGAGACCGUCUCCUGCAUCCCCUGCCUGCGCCGCUGCCGGUGUCUGCUUCCUCGCCUCUCGUUUCGACGCCGUUCCGCGUCCCCGUGCGCUUGAUUCUCCAAGGGGCGAUGCCUCAGCCUCAGCCUCGACCGGAGGCCUCCGACUUGUUUCCUUCUCCGGCUUUCCUGCUUCCCUUCACGGAGAAUGUGCAGGAGGAAACCCUCCAGCAGGCAGUGUUCGAGCAGCUGUACGCGAACCGCGACGCGACCUGGUGUCGACGGUAUUUUUGGAAGUAUCAGAACGACUUCGACGUCCCUGUCAAGACGUUGAACCAAAUGUCUGUGCUCCUGCCGCUGCCUCUCCUCAAGAAGCUGGUCUACUUCCACGCGCGCUUCAAGAAGGUCUGGCCGGUCCCCGUCCUUGCCUGGAUCUCGUCGAGCUCUCGCGCUCUCGCCAUGAGUCGCUGGGGCAAGGAGUUGGACGCUCUGGAGCGUCUAGGUCUCUUCCCCUCUGCGCCUUCGAGAGUCACUGCCACCAAAGGCCGAGCUGGGAAGUCCCCAGGAGACAGGCGUUCAUUCUUCUCAUCUGGAGCGCCUGUCUCCUGGGAUCGUGCCGCAGUCCACUCGGGAGCAGAACGCCUUCGGACAGAAGCUGCGCAUGCAGUCGGCGGAAAGAGUCUAGCCCCACGGAGACAGCAGAAAAUCCUCCUCCAACGCAGGCUCGGCCACAACAGAUUUCGCCCUGGACGGCGAGAAGAGAAAGGAAGCCAAGGCCUUGGAAAGAGAGAGGAAGAGACGGCGAAGGUGAUGGACGAGAAGGAGAAUGGGGAGGCGGAAGAGGACUCCGGAGACUGUGGCAGGAAGGGGAGACAAGCAGAAGGGAAGGCGGCGGAGACACAACCGGGCCAGGGAGGAGAGGAAGAGGGGAACAAACGCGGAGAACGAGACGGAGCGCUGGGGAUGCAUGCGGCGAAUGGAGAAGGGGGAGAGGCGAGACAGCAAGGAUCGGGAGGCGGGGACGAGAAAGUCGGAGGCGAAGAGGACGGCUGCGAGCUGCAGGGGAAAGAUGACGCGACAGGCGAAGAGGCCGAAGCCGAGCGCGAGACAGAAGAGAAGGAAGAACCGGAAGAGAAGGAGAGUCACCUCGAGGCCUCGGAAGACGAACGCGAAAAAGCCUACGAAGAAGAUGGAACUGACGAAGAAACGAGAAGAAAACGCGCAGAAGAAGAAGAGGAAGAACAAGAGUGGCGCGCGAAAGGUUUCGCUGGAAAAGCCGAAGCUGAGUUGGUGCGCGAUAUGGCUGAGCAGCUGUGGCGUCACUUGGAGAAGCUGCACUUUCCAUCUCUCGCCGAGGACGAUGCGAACUCUUCUGCUGGACUGGCGGGGACUGAGAGGGAAGAGGACGUCGAGUCUGACUCGUCGAUGUCGCCUCAGAACGCCAGACUGCGCCACGCUGUCGCUUCCUUGAAACGAAGCCCAGAAGCCAGUGACCGACAGAGUUGCCAGCUUCUGGAGGCGGCGGAGCGACGCGCGCCUCUCGCUGUCUCAGAUACCUCGAAGAACUCCUCGGAUGACGCGCGUCCAGACGCCCCUCCCUCGGCAGCUCUUCUCGCUCGGAAGCGAUCAGAAAGAAACUCUUCCGGCGCGUCCUCGUCCCUCUCACAGGUCCCCGAAGCCUCCGGUGCCUCACACGCCCUCGCAGAGUUACCUGUCUCCUGCCCAACACUGUCUCUGCCUCUUGCUAGUUCGCGCCGGAAACUGUCUCUGCCCCUUCAGAACUCGCGCGCCCCGGUGUCUCUGCCGGCCUCUGGGUCGGGCUCCCCGGCCUGUGCCUCCUCCCCGGCCUGCGCCUCCUCGCCGGUUUGCGCCUCCUCGCCGGUUUGCGCCGCUGCUUGCGCAGCUGCUUGCGACCUGCAGGCGCCUCCGCUGCUUCGGGCACCAGGCCGUGAGGAGGCUGGGCGGGCCGUGGAACGCGGGAUCGAAAGGGGACAGACGCCUCUUUCUGCCGCGGUCGCUCCGGCGCCUAAGGUGACAGCAUCUGCUGCCCAGCACCACCUCCUCAGUCACUUAGGGGAGGCCGUCUGCGGGGCUGGACGAGCCUCGUCUCUCUCGAGCCUCACGAACGCCCUGUUUGGGCGCCGAGCCGGACUUCUGGUUGGAGACGAAAGAGCCGCCAGAGGCGAGAGAGAUGCUAGAGGCGAGACAGCGCAGGUGCAUGCAUCGCUAGAGAGGCUUCGGGAGCAGGAGAACUUGGAGGCGCUGAGGAAGGAGCUCGUGCGUCACUUGAUGCGCGACCGGGAAAGCGAGAGAACCGCGAGGCAGACGCCCAGCGACGACGGCGAGAGGGAGAGACUCCGCGCAGCCAGGGAACAGUGCGCGAGGAGUGUGCUGGACUUCCUCUACGAACGGAUGGCGCCGAAGAGCGAAGGCGGCGCGCGGGGCAACAGAGACACAGGAGAGACACCCGGGGCGAGAGCCGUAGCUGACAACCCCCGCCUCACCUUUGGCCAAGCGGCCGUUCUCGAGCUUCUCAAGCAAAGAGCGGGACUCCGGUGAUUUCUUGUAAAAGAGUGAAACUUUUGUCAGAGGAGGCUCCCGCUUAGAGGGGGGAGAAGGGAAGCAGGAAGUAGAUGGACAGAAGGGAGGGAGGAGACUGGGCGGAGAACUGCGGAGAAAAAGAAGUCUUUCGCAGCAGCAGGAGAACGAAAGGGACGACCAGUUCGUAGGACGUGUAGGCGACGGAGAGGGACAAGGGAAAGGAGUGAAGGGGAGAAAAUUUAUCGUUCUCUUUUCAUCUCCCUUUUUUAUUUCACGAGGGGGCAGAGCGAUCCGUGUCUGUACAGCUUGUGUGUGCAUGCUCCUCUCGCUCUGAGUGUUCCAUUUGUGCUCUCACGUCCUUUUAUAGUGCCGUCGAGUAAUGUUGCUCACUGCGUCUCCAGUCUUUUUUUUUCGCGUCGCGCGCUCCUGUGUUUGCCUCUGUUGAUGCGUCUUCCGAGUGUCAUUCAAAUACCUCACUGCGGAGAGUCGUUUUGUCAUUUUUUUUCAAGAGGAUGGGCGGGCGACAGAGAACGAGUGCUCGCUUCAUUGAAGCGAAAGAGUUGCUUCUUCAGCCAGAAGCCCCUGGCUCCUCAACUCCUGCCACGAGCCGAUUUUCUUGUGUCUCUGCUUGCCUUCGUCCCUAUUCUGGAGUGUACA